AUGCCAGCGACGACCGUGGAGGAAUGGCUGCAGUGUGAUCGGCAGAGGACAGAUGGAUCGCCGCAUCGAUGUCGGAAGAUUGUUCGGGAAUGGACUACGGACGAGGGCGCAUUUGUUAAGUGCUGUGCUGAUGAUGGGAAACAACAGAUCCAUAAGCUAGUCGCCAUGUCUUCGCUCUCGCGUCGUGCUUGCUACAAGUGUGGUAAUGUCGGUCAUUACGCUGAGGUAUGCUCUUCCGCAGAGCGUCUUUGCUAUAACUGCAAGCAGCCAGGACACGAAUCCAAUGGCUGCCCUCUGCCAAGGACAACUGAAGCUAAACAAUGCUACCAUUGCCAGGGAUUGGGACAUGUGCAAGCAGACUGCCCAACUCUCAGAUUGAGCGGUGCUGGAACAUCUGGUCGAUGCUACAACUGCAACCAACCUGGACAUUUGGCACGCUCGUGCCCAAGCCCAGCUGGUCCAGGUCCAAUUCCAGGGAUGGGUCGUGGUAUUGGUGGUCCUCGUGGUGGUUUUGGUGGUGGGUUCGCUCCUCGAGGAGGUGGUUUUGCCAAUAACCCACGUCCUGCCACUUGCUACAAGUGCGGAGGACCAAACCACUUUGCUCGCGAUUGCCAAGCUCAGGCCAUGAAGUGCUAUGCAUGCGGCAAGUUGGGACAUAUCUCCCGUGACUGCACAUCUCCUAACGGAGGACCAUUGAACACAGCGGGCAAGACCUGCUACCAAUGUGGUGAAGCUGGCCAUAUCUCCAGAGAUUGCCCACAAAAGGCUACCAACGGUGACCUGAAUGGUGACGGUAUUGACGCCGUCGCCGUGUCUGCCAUUGCACCAGGCGUUCCCACUGUAUAA